AUGGCCGAGGCCAAGCGCAUGCACGAGCAGACCACCGGGUGCCUCCCCGUCGACCAGUCCUGCUUCGCGCUCUCCCGGCUGUCCAGCGCGUACCGCGCCACCCGCAACAACGACCCGGCCUGCUGCUCCACAACGUCCUACCUUGAGGUCCUCGGCAUCUCAUUCGCGACGCUGCUCAUCAUCCUCUUCGUGCUCUGCAUGAUACGCUGCUACCUCAUGCGGCGGGCCGUGAACCGGGUCACGGUGGGGGCCGCAACGUCGACAGGCGCGGGGGCGACCGUGGUGGUCAAGAAGCGGCCCACCGGCCUCAGCGAGGACGCCAUCGCCGCGCUGCCCAAGUUCGAGUACCGACACACGGCCGACGAGAGCGACCGGUGGGAGUGCUCGAUAUGCCUCUGCACCAUGGCCGACGGCGAGGUGGCCAGGCAACUUCCUAGAUGCAUGCACCUCUUCCACAGGGCGUGCGUCGACAUGUGGCUCACGGCGCACACCACAUGCCCGGUGUGCCGAGCCGAGGUGGUCAAGCCGACGGACAACGACGAGAGGUUCCCGAAGACGCCGGCGGCCGAGGCCGGCCCAUCGGUGCCGCCUAGGUUGGAGGAUGGCCAGAGGGAUUUGGAGGCGCAAUUAUAG